AUGUGGGACUUUGUGCAAGUCGCUGUGGUGGUGACACGUGUCCUGGAGAUUAGGUUCGGCAGUUUGAGAGCGUCGGCAGUCGGGAGCUUCAGUAGGUGUUUGGCACCUUGGAAGAGUGUCUUCCUUUGGCAAGGGAGAAGGCGUGUCUGCCUUGGUGCUAGUCGCUUUGAGGCUGGAUAUGCUCGGUUGAUUAUGGCUAGCCCCUUACCGAAGGUCCACACCUUCUCCACUGUUGAAGGCAAACCCCUUUUCUCUAAGUUGACGCUCUCCGAAAAAGAGCAUCAAUAUGAUUCAUGGACAUAUGAUGUGUUUAUGAGUUUUAGAGGUGAGGAUAAAUGCACCAAGUUUACAGGUCAUUUGUACAAGGCCUUGUCUGAUAAGGGCAUCUACACCUUCAUUGAUCGAGAGCUUCCAAGAGGAGAAGAAAUAUCGCCAGCCCUUGUCAGAGCAAUUGAAGAAUCAAGAAUUUCUCUCAUUGUAUUCUCUAAAAACUAUGCAUCUUUGAGGUGGUGCUUGGAUGAACUUGUCAAGAUCCUUCAAUUUAAAGAAUCAAAGCAACAAAUAGUUUUGCCCAUUUUUUACGAGGUGGAUCUAUCGGAUGUACGAAAUCAAAGAAGGAGUUAUGGUGAUGCAUUUGUUCACCAUGAAAGCAAAUUCAAGGAUGACAAGAAGAAAGUGCUUAAAUGGAGGAGAGCUCUUACUGAACCAGCAAAUUUGUCUGGAUGGCAUUUUAAGGAGGGAGAAUAUCACCCAGUUAGAAUUCAGUCUCAUGUACAAGAUGUGAAAAAGCUUUUAGAUGUUGGUGGGAAUGGUCGUCGCAUGGCUGGGAUAUGGGGGACAUCUGGAAUAGGCAAGACAACAAUUGCAAAAGUUAUAUGGAAUGCAAUUGCCCAUGAGUUCUUGGAAAAUGUUAGGGAAAAUUCGCCACAUGGAGGCCUAAUCCAGCUACAGAAGACUCUUCUUCAUAAGUAUCUAGGCAAAAAGUUGAAAAUUCACAGUGUUGAUGAAGGAAUCGGUGUUAUAAAAGAACAGCUGAGACAUAAAAAGAUUCUCUUAAUUCUUGAUGAUGUGAACCAGUUGGAGCAAUUUGACAACUUGGCUGGAGUUGGUUGGUUUGGUGAGGGUAGUAGAGUCAUCAUAACUACACAAGAUAGCGGAUUGCUAAAAUGUCAUGGAAUUGAGUUGAUAUAUGAGGUCCAAAAGUUAUGUGACUACCAAACUCUUGAGCUUUUCAGUUUGAAUGCCUUCGGAAUAAAUGAACCUCCAAAUGAUUAUUUGCAACUCGCACAACGAGCAGUAGCCUAUGCUCAAGACCUUCCACUAGCUAUAACACUUUUAGGUUCCCAUCUUCGUAAUAAAGGUAUACAUCGUUGGCAAGCUAUAUUAGAUGGUUUCAAAGGAGAACCUUAUACACAUAUUGAAAGAAUACUUCAAAAAAGUUAUGAUGCCUUGGAUGAUUACGCAAAAGAAGUUUUUCUCAAUAUUGCAUGUUUCUUCAAGGGUGAAAUUAAGGACUAUGUGCUACAAAUAGUCCCCAAAAAUUGCAUUGAAGUACUCGUUGAUAAGGCAAUCAUAACUAUUGAAAGGAAUUAUAGGAUUUUAUUAAUGCACGACUUGCUAGCAAACCUGGGCAAGGAUAUAGUUCACAAAGAAUCUCCCAAUGAUCCUAGUAAGCGUAUUAGAUUGUGGUUUUACGAGGAUGUCGAGCAAGUUCUAACAGAAAAUACAGGAACAAGAAAUAUUAAAGGCAUCAUUAUGAAGCUUCCAGAACCAGCAGAGAUAACCUUGAAUCCAGAAUGCUUUCGUAAUAUGGUAAAUCUUGAAAUUUUCAUAAACCGUAAUGCAUCUCUUUGUGGGAACAUUAACUAUCUGCCCAACACGUUAAGAUUGAUUGAUUGGGAUAGAUGUCAAUUACAAUCUUUGCCACCCAAUUUUCAAGGAAAUCGUCUUGUUGAGUUCAAUAUGCCCCGCAGUCAUAUCAGACAAUUAGAUGGAUUUAACUUUAAGCUUUUGUCAAAGUUGACAUCUAUAAAUUUGAGGGGUUGUCAAUUCUUAGAAAAAAUCCCAGACUUAUCCAGAAUCCCAACCAUAGAGUACUUGAUUCUAAGUGACUGUGCACGUUUUGUUGAGAUUGAUGAUUCUGUUGGACUCCUUGAUAAACUUGUUGAAUUGGAUCUAGGUGGACGCUUCAAUCUUACAAGGUAUUGCGAAAGGAUUCAGAGUUUCCUAGAAAUAGAAGUCGAGAUGGAAUCACUAUGGAGUUUGGACAUAUCAGGAAGUGGUGUAAGAGAAUUGCCAUCAUCAUUUGCAUAUCUUACUGGGCUUGGAAAAUUGUAUCUUGCUGGAUGCUUCAAUCUUACAAGGUUUGCAACAGCAUUUAGAUUGAAAUCUCUUGAAGAACUUGAUCUUAGGGAUUGCAAAAGGCUUGAGAGUUUCCCAGAAAUAGAAGUCGAGAUGAAAUCAUUACGGAGUUUGGACAUAUCAGGAAGUGGCAUAUGA